AUUUUCGGGCAUGUUAUAUCAUAGGGUAAGAGAGAUGGUGUAUUUCCCUUGCUAAGCAAGAGAGUGGUCAACUAAUUCGGUGAAAAUUUAUUAAUAUCAUGCACAUGCCCAGAUACCUACCACCUAGUAGUCAAGGCUUACUCACUUACCUACCGCCCCCUCCUCUUGUCAAGAGCGUUCAUUACUCAGCCCGUUUCCAUAUAGGUACCGAACGGCUAGGUGGUAUGAUAUUUUCCGCUAUAUUUCCAUAGCCUCAUACUUAGUUCACCUCCGUACGACAGAUUCUUCGAAUAUAAUGGCUCCCAUAUUGGGCGAACGCUUGCUACCAUCUCUCGUAGAUGAGAUCGCAUCAUCUGAUCCUCAUCGCGUGUUAUACUCCGUGGCAAGGACUAAGAAUCCGGAGGAUGGCUUCGAGGAUAUCGAUGUGAAAUCGUUUGCCUGCGCUGUCGAUUGCUUCUCAUGGUACAUCGAUGAACAUUUAGGGAGAGGCCAAGGCUUCCCAACACUCGCCUAUAUAGGACCUCAAGAUCUCUUAUAUGCGAUAUCUGUCCUGGCUUCUAUAAAGACUGGAUAUAAGCUCCUCCUUAUCUCAACUCGCAACACCCUAGAGGCGAACUUGUCCUUGUUUGAGAAAACAGAUUGCAGGACUUUCAUAUCCCCUACCAACUUUCCCUUGCCAAUCGUCAAGCAGAUUUUGACAGCGAAGCCAAUGCGUCACUUGGAGGUACCAGAGGUAGGCUACUGGUUUGAAGGAAAUACCGAAGGAAAACCGUAUCCAUAUACGAAGACAUUUUCCGAAGCUAGGGCCGAGCCAUUCGUCGUCCUGCACACGUCGGGUUCGACGGGAUUGCCAAAACCUAUCAUACAAACACACGCCACAAUUUCACCCCUCGAUGCCUUCUCAGCAUUACCGUCAUUGGGACACCAGCCGGUACAUCCGGCCAUUUGCGCAGGCAAGAGGGCUUACCUGGCAUUCCCCUUAUUCCAUUGUGCGGGACUUACGAUACUUCUCCCAGCCCCUAUAUUUACUGGUUUCACCGUAGUCCUAGGACCUUUCCCACCUUCCGUUGACGCUAUCAAUGGAGUUCAUGUCCACGGCAACGUACAACAAAGCUGUCUUGUUCCCACAAUGCUGGCAGACCUUGCCAAAAACCCCGAGUACCUAGAGAAUCUUGGCAAGCUGGAGUUAAUUGGAUAUGGUGGAGGUCCUUGUCCCAAGGCAGUAGCCGACCUCAUCAGCACGAAGACUAGGUUAAUCACAUCAUUCGGUUCUACUGAAUGUGGCCUGUUCCCUGCUCAAGUCUGCGAUCCGGAAGAUUCGGCUUAUAUUAGCAUCAGCCCAGUACUGGGAUGUGAAUAUCGACCCUUCUCUGGUGACCUAUACGAACAAGUCGUCGUACGAAACCCAGCACUUGAGAGAUAUCAAGGAAUCUUUGGCACUUUCCCCGAAUUAAACGAAUGGCGUAUGAAAGACCUCUUCUCGAAACAUCCAACUAAAGAGGACCUCUGGCUCUACAAGGGGCGAGCCGAUGAUAUCAUCGUCUUUUCCACUGGCGAGAAGAUCCAUCCUCUCGACAUGGAGAGUAUCAUCGGAGCGAACCCCGCUGUGAAAGAAGUACUCGUGACUGGUCUUGGGCGUUUCCAAGCGAGUCUCCUCGUCGAGGCUGUUAACCCUCCGACAAGCGACGCCCAGAAAGAAGACCUUCUAGAGGUCAUAUGGCCGUCGGUCCAAGCCGCUAACAAGGAGGUACCUUCAUACGGACGUAUUUAUCACAAUAUGAUUGCCUUCACAUCUCCAGAGAAGCCGAUGCUCAGAGCUGGUAAGGGAACAGUGCAGCGGAGGCUGACAGUUGAUAUGUACGCAUCAGAGCUUGAUGCGUUAUAUAAAGCAAACGAAUUGUCUGGUAAUGGGCCAACAAGAAAUGAUACGAACAACAACGACAGUGUGGAAGAUACCGUCAAGAGUAUCAUAGCUGCGUCGACAGACAUUGAUGUGAACUCACUUUCUCUCAAUGCCGACCUCUUCGAAUUAGGACUUGAUUCCUUGCAAAUGACGGUCAUAACCAGGGAGCUAAAUAAGUAUCUUUCCCUUCAUGGAAAGGAACAGUCCCUAGAGACUAAAACCGUGUACUCAAAUUCCAGCAUCUCUGCUCUCAAAAAAGUCGUUUCGGGCCUGGUUGAAGGAAGAACACUUUCAUCCAAUGGAGAAACUGACGCACAGAAAAUGCAAAAACUCUAUGAGCUUCAUGCAGCAAACAUGCCAAUUUCUGACAGGCAAGCACAGCCAAAACCUCCAGACGGUCUUGUUUUCCUGUUGACUGGCUCGACCGGGUCUCUUGGCUCGUACAUCCUCGACUCGCUACACAAGGAUUCUCGUAUACGUCGAAUCUACUGCCUUAACCGCGGUCCUGAUAGUCUUAAACGCCAGCAGCAGUCCCAAUACGCCAAGGGUAUUCAGCCACUUCCGGAUAAAGUCCAGUGUCUGGACGUUGACCUGUCGAAGUCAUACUUUGGGCUCUCGAUCGAAGAGUACAAGGAACUUCUCGACCAAGUUACCCACAUCGUACAUGAUGCAUGGCAGGUUGACUUCAACCUUUCGAUUGACUCCUUCGCCAGCCACAUCAGCACCGUCCGGCGGCUCGUAGACUUCUCGUCGCAUUCCCGUUUCGGGGCACGGCUUUUCUUCGUCUCUAGCAUCAGUGCCACUGCUGGACGGACGGGUAUCGUUGCCGAGCAGAUCUUCGAAGACUGGCACACGCCUGGAGAGACGGGCUACGGGAAGUCCAAGUUUGUCUCUGAACGCCUACUCGACGUCGCGGCCAAAGAGGCCGAUAUUCCUACCAUUGUCUGCCGUGUCGGCCAGGUAGCGGGCCCGACUUCAUCAAGUGGGAUGUGGCCGAAGCGGGAAUGGCUACCGAGCUUGAUCGCAAGCUCAAAGUAUCUAGGCAAGCUGCCCUCCUCUAUAGGCCGGAUGGAGGCGGUGGAUUGGAUUCCUGUAGACAUACUCGGUAAGGGUAUCGUCGAGCUCGCGAUCCAAUCUCCGGAUAUCCCGACAGCCGGUGCUACGGUGUACCACGCAGUGAACCCGCAGCGCACGAGCUGGGCGAUAUUAGUAGCUACCGUUGCACGAUACUUGGGGCUGAAGACUAUAUCCUGGGAUGAGUGGAUCAGGACGCUGCGUGAGAGCGCGCCUAAGACGGAGGAUUUAUCUCGGAACCCUGCUAUCAAAAUCUUGGAAUUUUUUGAAAGCCUGACUAGUCAGGGUGAGGAAUCGAUUGUUCUUGAUACGCGCGAGACAACCCGUGUCUCGCAGACACUAGCGAGUCUAAAACCGGUUCAUGAGGAGUGGAUGGAAAACUGGAUGAGACAGUGGUCGUUCUAAGCAGUGAAAUGGGUUAGACGAAGUCUAUGGGUGGUAAUUGAAAGUCGAAAUUGAUUUUCAUAUUGUGCUUAAAUGAACUUUGCUAAUAUAUCAUGCAUUGGCCUUUUAUUUUGACUUUCUUUUUUGCUUUUCGUCAGAUAUCAAAAUGCAAGGAAGAGAAAAUCUCCGGAUUUAAAGUUCAUGGUGACAGCUGUACCUAACACCAUGAAGCGCUACUGCUACUUGCCAGCUGGCAUU